GUGUUCUAGGACCCCUCUUCUCUCUCUCUCUCUCUCUCUCUCUCCCACCCUUUACACCUGUCGCUCUUCCACUCCUCCACGGCUCGGCCCUAGUUAGUUUCUUUCCUUCUACCUCCGCCCUUUGUUCCACACCCCCUUCCAACACCCCCCCCCCCCCCCCCCCACCACUUUCCCACUUAACUGCUCAUUCUCUUUAGACAUUUCUUUUGUUCCCCUCUCCUCGCCAACCUGCAGAGGAAAAAAAAUGAAGAUUUUCAACUGGGUACACAGGCGGUUUCUCCACAAUGUUCAUAACUCUGCAAUCUCUCUUCCCGAAGGUCGAAACGUAAAGAAGGCCGAGCCAUUUAUGAAUGAUGCAGAAACAAAAGCAUUGCUCAAGAACGUCGGCCCAGUCGACGCCAUGGAUGGGUGGAGAGAUGGCAUACUGACCAUUGGCACGUUCGGGUUCGACGCGUACAAAGAAGAAUAUGAAGAAGAAGAUGAAGACGAGGAAGAAGAAGAAGAAGAUGGGGAAGAAGAAUACUCCUUUACUAGCGCAGACAAUGAGGAAGAAGACGCAAAAGAUCAGGAAGGGGAACUGAACCCGUUAGUGUUUGCUGGAUACAAAAAAGGAGUUACAGGUGAAGUGAAGGGUGAGGAUGUGAUAGUGACGGUUGACGGUAUGCUGGUGGGUGGGGCUCCGGAACUGGCCAUGGGUCUGGAGUACUCGGGCAUUGUGGCGAGCGAUGAGGGGAAGAAGAAAGGGGAAAGAACAACGCUGGCGGAUCUGUUCUUGGCGGAUUCUGAGAUGAUGAUCAAAAGAAAAGGGGGUUCAAAGGAAGCAGCCGUGGUUGAUUCCGGUAAGAAACCGGCGCCGCUCCGGCCAAAGAACGGCCUCUCCUUCGCCAAGAAGCUCAUCCCUCGUGUUAAGGAGGAUUCGCGUCCCAUUCGAAAACUUCACCGACUGAUGAGGAAGAUGUUGAAGAGGAAGAUUCAUCCAGAGCUGCAAGGCAAGGUUUGCGACUCGGACAGUGAGAUCAAGCCUACUAGCAACAUUCUUGGACUUCUUUCCAGUGAUGAAAUGGGAGCCAAUGAUAGAGUUUCUCUGCUUCCUACCCUAGAUGCCAUUGUCUGAACUCAAUCUCACCAGGUAGUAUUUUGCUGAUUACGAUUUCUUGUAUAUGAGUCUUUGAACCAUGUGAUUUGGUGUUGUCCCUUCUUAUUUCUAUUUUUUCCCCCUUUUUUCUAUUUUUUUGCCUGUAUGUAAUGGUUUAUGUGCUGGAAGUUGGUUCCCCUUCGUCUUCGUGGUGAAGAAGUUUUAUUGAGUUUCCGAACCCUAGUACGCAGUGUGUGCAUGUGUUUUUUUUUUUCUUCCUUUUAUGACUUAUUGGGAGACAAAUCAGGCCUAAGCAAUGCAAUGUGUAACUCAUCCACAAUCUCAAAUGCAUUUGAUCCCCCGGUUGAAAAGAGACCUUUAAUAUAGAAGUCUCAAAUUUUAAUUC